AUGUUCUCCCCUAGUGGGCAAUAAAAAAUCAUAGCCUCUACUGAUUUCGCAGUAGCUAUUGUCACAUAAUCUCUAUUGAUUUCGCAGUAAGCUUUUGUCAUACUAACACUAUCGACUCUGCAAUAGUUGUCGUAGUAUCGACUACUAAAUAGUUAUAUUGUCAUUGUCAACUCAAGAGUAGCAUUCUACAUAGUACAGCCUCAAGCAGUCUUUUGGAAAAUGAAAUUAUAACAACACAGUGGAAUUUAUCGGAUUCGUAGGUACAAGUGCUAUACUCAUAACAUUAAGACAUCAAGCAUGGGGAACUGUCUCGGGCUCUUGAGAAGGACACCUCUGACUAAACCUCACUUGAUUAGUUCAGUAGUACCAAAGAUGGCUAAACCCCCAUCAGUUGAUGUUUAUCUUCAGGCAGAGUUUCAGUCUAUGGACACUAACAAGCAUGGUUUCUUAACUCCCAUUGAGUUUUCAAACCUUAUGGUGUAUCUUGGUUGUAAUAACAGACAGCUAGAGAAACUUAUGGAAGAUGUUGAUCCUGAUAAGGAUGCAAAAAUUCAAGAAAGGGAUUUCAUCAUUUACAUGCACAAAUAUCCUGAACUGAUUGAGAACACCAACAUCAUUCGUGGAUUAUUCCAGAAGUUUGAUAAAGACAACAGUGGUUCAGCACUGAAAACAGAUGUUGUAGCUGAUCUGAAAGAAAUGGGCAUUUACAAUGAUAAAAUUGACUCUAAAAUUGAAGCUAUGGACCAGAACAAAGAUGGCAACAUUUCUUACAGAGAUUUCCUUAGGAUCUACUUCUCUGGAAAAUAAACUCACUUUUCUUAUUUUUUCCCAACACAUUUACCCAUAAUUUUUUUUGCCAUUUCAUUCUUUUCUAUAUUAACCAGUCUUCAUUAUAUUUGGUAUGUCUGGAGUAUUCUCAACUUAAAAAUUGUACACAAUUUAAUGUUUCUCUUUUCAUAUGAAAUUAAGCCUCUCUGAAUGUACAAGAAAUUAGUCUUCUAAUUGGCAUUGAAUUGGUAGAAUUAGAUCAUUGAAUAAAAUGCCUCAAAGUAUUUAAUCACACCUCCUUAUGUUGUUAGUUUAAAUUCCACUGAAAGCAACUUUGCAUUUCAUCCUUCAAGAAUCAAUAAAAGAAGCACCAAUUAAGUACCGUGUCAAUUUCAAUACUAAUGAAAUGCCUAAGCUUAAUAAAGUAUGUAAGAUAAACAAACUCUACUUGACUUGUUUUAAAUAGCAGGAAAAUCUCUCUCAAAUGACAUGCCUUUGGCCCUAAGUCUAUUGGGGCUAACUCCUAACUGAUUAUAGAUUUUUCCUUUUAUCAGCACCCCUGACCCUUUUUGGAAAACCUCUGAGUCUAAUAGGAGGACGUCUAAAUGCUUGCAACAGUGUGUCUUUCUCUGGAGGCACCCAAGUUCUAAUUGAGUGGUGUUACACCAGACAACAGAUGAGUCUACAAUUUAGAUCUCAAAUUUAUUAAAUUAUACCAUAACUAUCAAGUCAAAGCUCUCUGUUCUUUCUCACCUGCUCCUUUCUCUAUAGAAGUUCCUGACUUUGAUAUAUAAUUAUUAAUAAUAGCAAUGGAAGCCAUUAAAUCAAACUUCCUCACAUGUUUUUUAGUAAUCUGAAUCCCUAUACUAUAGUUUCAAUUAAUCCGUAUUUUCAACAGAUUUUACUGCAGCACCAGUUGCAUCUCUGUGUACUGCAUUAUUUUUGGGUAAUGUUUGUGCACUACAUCUUUUUACCAUUAUUGUUGGGGGUUUUGUUGUUUUGUCUGUAUAGGAUAUAUGCAAUGUGAAUUGUAUAGUGAUGAGUUUCUCCUAUGUACUGUGAUUGGUUUACAUUUUACUGCUAGGUGAUAAUUGGACAGUGUAUGUGCUGUGUAGUUUGUUAUAUUAAUGAACUGUAUGGGUGUAGUGUGAGUUGUUUGGUGCAACAGGGUUAGGUAUCAAAUAUGUAAGAGCAGGGGUUGCGGUUUAAUGUUGAUUGUGUAGAAAAUGUUAUUGAUUAAUAAUAAUCUGUAGAGUAUGUUGUAUGUGUUAUUUUAUUUGAUGGUUAUUUUACAGAGUAUGUAUUGUAUGCAGAGUGCAUAGUUUGAUCUAUGCUAUUGAAUUGAAAGUGUCUUGUGUAAGAUGUGGAAUGUGUGCAAUGUUGUGAUCCUUGAUAUAGUUUGUUUUGUUAUAUUUUUUAUCAUAUCUAGUCUGCUAUUUUUACUUUCAUGCCCCAUAAACUGUGCAUUUCAAUUUUGAGAUCCCUGUACUUUGACAUUUUCUCUAACAAUGCCUACUGGGCACUGGUCAGAAGGGAUUGAAAUGUUUAUCAAAGUGGAAACUAAUUCUAUACUCAUAGACAUUUCAUUCCAAUCCUUGAUUGAUAUCUGGACAGUUUUUCCUUGAUCUCCUUGUCAGUCUAGACAACUGUCCCAGAUAAUUGAGCCAAUUCUUUUUAAUACAUGUUUAUACCACUCUAUUUUCACAUCAAAGUGUCAGUAUAUUACCUAGUGGAUAUAACUGCCAGCUUAAUCAUGUCUGUGUAUAUCCUCAGACUUGACAACUGGAUGUGAUCUGGUCAACUGUCUCAUUGUACAUGUUGUGUAAUUUUGUCCUUGGUAGUACUGUUUUCAUAAUUUUAUUUUUGUAGUUGUUAGUGACUGGUGCUAUUUUUGACUUUUGCUCUGAAUGACAUCUUCUCUGAGUCUUACUGUCCAUGUGAUAUUUCUUUCCUUCUUUAUCUCUAUUAUAUUUUGGAAAGUCAUUUUAAUUAUGUCUUUGUUUUUUUUUAUCAACUUUGGAAUGUUGUCAUUCAGUCAAACAGUAGUUUCCUGUUUUUUCAGCAAAGCUCUUCAAUUAACAUUGCUUCAAGCUUAUUAUAUUGACGAUGUAGUUUAUAACUAGGAUGGCUAGUGCAUUGUGUUCAAUUUGUAAUAUUAGUCUGAUUCUUUUAUAGCACUCUUAUAGUUUUCUUUUUUGUUUUUGUAAGGGUGAUCCUGAUAUAAUUUUUUUAAGUUUCAGUGUCUUUAACUUAAUCUUCACAAUUUUUGCUUAUUUGCCUUUAUAAUAGCUUUGCUACAUUUAUUUAAUACCAAACUCAUUUCUAUGUCUUUAUCAUUAUUAUGCUGGGUGGUGGAUUGGUAGAAUUAUUAGUGUUAGAAAAGUUCUUUGCAAACUUUGUUUUGGCUCUUAACUGUCUGUUUUGAAUCCUACCAAGGUCAACUUUUCCUUUAAUCCCUCUGGAGUGAAUAAAAUAAAGUACUGGGGUCAAUUUAAUCAGCUGAUCCCCCUCUCCUCAGAAGUACUGAUCUCGAGCCAAAAUUUGAAACAAUUGUUAUUGCCAAACCCAUGUAUUUUAAAUAUUAAUGAAGUGAAAAGAAUGGCACUGAACUAAAUAUAUUGCAAUUAUUUGGUUAUAUCCCAAAUUCUUCUGAGUUCAAAUUCAGAAGAUUGACUGUAUUUGCUUGCCCCAAAUGUGUGACUGUGUCUCUAUUAGAAGCCUUCAUUUAAAUUUGGGAGUUGUUUUUUAUAUACCAUUUUUGUUUUAUGAAAUAAAAUGUUGGAAGUUUAA